AAGCAGUUCAGAAGAUGCAGCAGGUUUUAUUUCAUUGUGCGAAUUUAUUUUAAAAGCCACAUUUUAUUAAUCUAUCACGUAGUCUGUAAUAUUUGUAUAAUUCUUUAAAAAUCCCUGAAGAUAAAACUAUUGAUACAGUUCACCAACAAAGUGAACUUAGCCAGGGUCGCUUAGCUCGCGAGUCAACGUUAGCUUAGGCUAGGCUAGCUCGCUAGCUAAUUUGCUUCAAGCAAAUCAGUUCUUGCGAAGUGUUGUUUUGUUCGAGUGCGUUUUUAAGUGUUGUAUUGACCGCAAGUAAAACGUAUCUAAUCAUUUUCUUUCUGCUAACCUAUCAAAAGCGAAGUGAGCAAAAAUGACGCGCCACGGGAAGAACUGCACGGCUGGAGCAGUGUACACCUAUCACGAAAAGAAGAAGGACACAGCCGCUUCGGGAUACGGAACGCAGAGUGUCCGUCUGGGGAAGGACGCUAUCAAGGAUUUUGAUUGCUGCUGUCUGUCCUUGCAGCCGUGCAGAGAUCCCGUGGUAACUGAAGAUGGGUACCUGUAUGAAAGAGAAGCCAUACUGGAGUACAUCCUCCACCAGAAAACUGAUAUUGCAAAGAAGAUGAAGGCAUACGAGAAGCAGAAACGUGCCCUUAAGAGUGAGGACCGGCUGGAGUCUUGUUCAGAGGAGAGAGAGAAAGUCGAGAAGUUUAAGAAGAGAGAGGGAAGCAUUGUUUCCAAGCCCAUCAACCCCUUCAUCACAGUAUCGCCGAGUGGCUCCGUUGCCUCUGCCGCCUCCUCCAGCUCAGCCUCUGCGACGGGGGAGUCCAGCUCCUUCAGCUCCUCCACCUCCUCCUCCAGCCUCCCCAGCUUCUGGAUCCCAAGCCUGACACCAGAAGCUAAGCCCACCCUCCUAAAGAAACCUUCGAAGACCGUGCUGUGCCCGAUGUCAGGCCAGCCCCUGAAGAUGAGUGAGCUCAUCACUGUUAGCUUCACCCCACUGGACUCCAGUCUGGACCGUGUGGCCCUCCUCACACGCCAGGACAGAUAUGUGUGUGCAGUGACCAAAGAUACCCUGGGUAACUCGGUCCCCUGCGCGGUGCUCAGACCCUCAGGAGCAGUGGUCACUGUAGAGUGUGUGGAGAAACUGAUACGCAAAGACAUGACUGACCCAGUGUCAGGACACAAACUGAAGGAGAAAGACAUUAUAGUUCUGCAGAGGGGAGGCACUGGCUUCUGUGGCUCAGGAGUGGCCCUUUGUGCGAAGGAGGCCCGACCCGUCAUGCAGGCGUGAGCGAGCAUGAGCGCAGCAGUCACGGAGAGCUCUGUCUCAGGCGCCCUACUGAAGCGCUCCAACCCAUGUCACGUUAUUGGGAUGAGACAUGAGUAGCGAUCAGUGUUUUUCGUUGGUUUUUUUUUUCACCUUGGUAUAAAACACAAACUGAAACAUGAAUAAUGGACACAAGCAUAUGUAGAGCUUUAGUUUUGUUGUUUGAGUUGAUUUUUUUUUGUGUGUAAAAUUGCUCUCAUUGACUUUUUUUGCAAAGUAAAAUGUUUAGUUAAAAAACAUCUAUACAGUCAUUUGAAGACCUUUUGUUUUGUUUUUUGUUUUUAUUAUGAGAGGUUUCGACUCAAAGGGCUCAUGCAGUUAAAGCUCAUCGUGCUUCUCCAGUAAAAGGCUCCCAUAGUCUGUGAUGGUGCUGACUUUAACCACGUCCAGUUUGUCCAUGAUCUCAGUCAUGGAGAGGCGGCCAUCCUGAGAUGGAGAGCAGUGGACAGAGAGGAGAGUUUGGCGAGGGUGGGCAGGCACACAGGGGGAAGGCAGUAGAAAGAUACAGCAGAGAAACGCAGAGGCCAAGUUCAAGACAAUGGUUUCCUAGACAACAUCCAGCAAGGUAAUGGGAGCCAAGUAAUUGAUUUUCAGAGGAUGUGUUGGUUUUGCUGAUUAAGGUUUUUUAUAUAUAAUAAAAGUCUAGAUUAAAAAAAAAACCAUGGCUUUUAUUUUGAAUUCACAGAGAAAUGUUGCACCACAGUUAAAACACCUUUUUUCACCUCCUCUGUCACUCUCCUAACCCUUCCUUUCCUCCUCUUCCCUGUCCGUGGUAGCUGCUGGUGCCUCCUGUGUCCCCAGGGUGUGUUUAUGACUGUUGGUUCAGGACCUGCUUGAAACAUUAGUCCUAGCACGACCUCACCAGCACCUUUAGCUCAGAAAUCUGCUCCUCUUUCACAGCUGUUCGCUGCCAAUGCAGAGUCCAGUGUGGCUGCUGCUUAUGGCUUCCAAAAUCCUACGGUUGUACUUUGCAUGAUUAGAAAUUAUUAUAACAGUUGUAAUAAGACCAGGGUUGAAAACUCCAAACCCUCAGUCAUCAAACACACACUAAACAGGCUACCACACAACAGGAGUGGAGUGUUUUUUAAGAAAAAAAAAAAAAAAAGGCUGACCAACACUACAGAACUGUGGCUGACAUAUUUGUACUUUACUUGCUCUAGAGUGGCAACAGAAUUGAUUGGAUAAUGGUUCCAAGGACCAAAAGCCAACAGACAUAUUUUUAACUUUUCUUCAUUCACUUCUAAGACCCGAGUCCAAAUCUCACUGUGCUAGAGGGGAAAAACAGCCCUCUUAAGGUCUUUUGUCCUGCUGCAGGGUACUGUACUCAGAGGAUUGACCUUUGACCCUGCAGACCUCCGAUAGGUCAGCCUCCCUUGUAUCCCUGCCAGGGUCGCAGCAGGAACGCCAAGGCUCGGCCUGGCGUGGACGGCCGUGUCACCGCGGCCCCUGCACCUCAACCAGGUCUCCACUCCUGGACGCCAAAGUCACAGAGACGCUUCUCAAAAGUGACUAGACAGCUCUACAGUUAGCGAGUAGUGUGUUCAAGUGUCAUGGAGUAUCAUAGCUGUUGAAAAAGGGUAGUUGUGAUGGUAAUUCUUAAAAUGUUUCUUCAGGAUGGUUUUUCUUGAAAUGGUAUUACUAAUGUGUGGCAGGAAGCACUUUGUGAAUUUCAACACACUUGGGUCUGUUGGCUUUUUUUCUUUCUUAGAAA